AUGAAGAUACCAUUAUACUGCCUUACCCUUUGGAUUGACCAACAGCCCCAGAAUAUUCACCAAAGUUCUCAAACCUGUCAUAGCCCUAGCUCGUUCAAAGGAGAUAAGGUUGAUAGCCUAUCUCGAUGCUAUUUUGAUAUGUUCAAGAACAAAGAAGGAAGCAGUACUUCAAACAAACAAGAUGGUCAGCAUUUUGACAAACCUGAAUUUCAUAAUAAAUCAAAAAAAAUCAAGACUAAUGUCCACUCAAGAAAUCGAGUAUUUAGUUUUCUUGUUAAACUCCAGGUUGAUAAUACUAUCCUUACUGAAAGCAAAAAUAAAGGAUAUCUGAUAAGCCUUAUUCUGGAUAUCCCAACUACAGUAAUCUACACAGAUGCAUCAUUACAAGGCUGGGAGCAAAUUAGCAGAAAAAAUUUGAAACACAUGUUUAGCAAGAAAUCUCAGGCUAAUAACCCAACAUAUCCUCAGGAAGCUGAAUGUUUUAGCAAAUUUAGCAUCGAAGAGAAUGUUAGACCACCAUGA